UCUGUCAGUAAUUUGUACAGUGUAGAGUUGUUACAAGUCAAAACUGUGCAGUGAGCGUCUCUUUUAACAUCAUUGUCACAGAGGCAGCGUUAUAGAGUCGGGUCUGCAGAUUCAGACAUGAGAGAAGCUGAUCUGACAUCUCUGACAUGGACUUUACUAUUUUUCUGCUUCCUGGGGUUUACAUCUGGAGAGGAGGAAGUCAAAGCUAAACCUGGAGAGACUGUCACUCUGCCAUGUAAAGCUCCAAACAACAACAUCAUCACAGUUGUAGAGUGGAGCAGACCUGGCCGGGAGACACAAUGUGCCUUUUUGUACCGUGAAGGGCGGAUUGAUGCAGACAGUCAGAAUCCAAUUUUUAAGGACCGAGUGGAUCAGCAGGACAAACCGAUGAAGGAUGGAGACGUGUCUGUGAUUCUGAAGAACGUGAUGAUUAACGACACUGGAACAUACGAGUGUCGUGUCGUUCAGACAACAACAAACCGCACAGAGAGAGAUGUUGAGCCCAUCUGCAUCAUCUACCUGAGUGUUUCUCCUCCAGGUCCAGGAGGAUCUGGUGGACUGAUCACUGGCCUGAUUGUUGGUCUGAUUGUUGGUCUUUCAGUUUCUACUGUGAUUCUUGUUGGUGGUGUCUUGAUUUACAGAAAAACUGCAAAAUCAGGAUCCAUGUCUCCACUCUCCCAAACUACAUUCUUUGUGAAAUAUCUCAGAGCUUUUUCCAAAUGAACUUUGAGUCUCCUGCUACUGUUCCCAAUCCCCAAUUUCAUCAUUCAUACUGGAGCAGACAUUUGAUCAGCAGACAGACAGAAGCUAAUGAUGCUAAACAUCAUUACCAUAAAAUGCAUUAAGAAUUAGAUUUUUCCUUCAGGACACUGUUCUGAGAACAGAUGGGGUGGAUUCUGUUCUGUCAGACAGCCGUUCACCUCUGUGGCCAGUUUAGGAUCACCAGUUAACUUGACCCCACUUACUGUAUGUCCUUGGACUAUGAGACAUGUUCACCCCUCCCUGAAUUGCCACCUUAUCUUGGUGGAGGGCUUUGUGAGCUCAGAGGAUGCUGGGAGCUUUGUUGUCUGCAGCGUUCAGCUCCUGGUUGGGUCUCCCAUCACAAACAGGUCUCAGGUGAUGAGCCAGACAAAGAUCAGCUUAGUCUGCAACACCUGAAUGUGAACCAGUGACUUAAUGUUUGCUAACAUGUGAUUUUCUGGUUCUAUAAAUCAGUGAUACUAAAAUAUUGUGAUAAAUCAGAAUAAAGUAAAUAAUUAAUAUUGGUUUGAAAUGCUGCAAACACACAGAGGAUUACUAACAGUCACAUGUUGGCUGGUGUGGAUCAGAUAAAGAUCACAUGGACUCAAAUAUCAAAGACAAGUAAUGAAGUAUUUUCAUUUUACAUGAUCAAGUUUUUUCUUUAGAAAUAACCUGAUAAAAUGUUUUUCUUCUCUUCAGUCUGAUGUUGAUAAUGAAUGAGAGCAGCCUGACUGGAGGAAAGCUGUUUACUGAACAUCUGCUGUUACAUGUCUGGUCUCUCUGUGAUCCUGCUGAACCAGAGAUAAAACACACACAGCGCACAACUGUGAGGUCUAAAACACUAAAAAAGAUUUAAGAAACAACUGCCAACAGCUGGUCUGUUGGCAAUUUUUUCUUUUUUUUUAUGACUGAUGUUUCAUGUAACAUUAUCUUCUGUCAUUAUGAUCAAAUGUCAUGCACCAGUUCAUACCCGUCCCAGUAUUUCUGUUGAAAUUAGCUGUAAAUGUGUCCAAAAACAAACAGAGUCAUGAAUCCUGUAUUAUUGUUGAGCUGCCUGUUAUAUGAGAGAAGCUCGGUGUGGUCCACAUUUGGCACUCUGUGAAAUCCACAGUGUGAAGAAGAAGAACGUGAAGAAGAAAAAUGAAGAACUUUUAUGAGCUGAUGAAAUGUUUGGUAUGUGGACUCUGAGGGUACAUGUAACUUUUAAUACACUGUUAAUACAUUUUAAUACACGUUUAUGCACGAAUGAGCUUGAAGAUGGAGCCAGUUUUAAUAACUGUGCUAUCAGGAGGUACUUGAAUGGCCUUUGGUCAAAAAAGGAAUCUGAAGUCUCACAGUGAUGCAUGCUGUGCUUUUUUCUUUAGCAGAUUAUAAACUGUGUACUCCUAGCAGCAGCUUCAUAUUCUGAUCAAUAACCUGUAGGAAUGAAUGUUAUAUUAUCAAUGUUGUUUUACUUGAUAUGAAUGUGAGAUAUAUUACUGGAGACAGUCAUUAUUACUGGAGGAUCUAAUCUGAUGUGUGUCUCUUUAUACCUGAUCAAUCAGGCUUCUUAUCAGUUAUUUGUUGACUUUAAAACAACAAAAAGUAUCAAAUGUGACAGUAAACAUUAUUUUA